AUGAUUAAAAAACGAUGUUCUAUCCGAAAAGCUGCCGAAGAGUUUAAGGUUUCAAAAUCUCUAAUAGGUCGUUACGUAACGCUGAAUAAAGGAAAAGAAACUACAACUGUCAUCGAUAAACUUAAUAAUGCUGUGAAAAGAGUCUUCAAUGAUGAAGAGAAAGAGCAGUUAGUCGAGUAUUGUUUAACAUCAUCCAAAUUUCAUUAUGGCAUACCCAAAGAGCAAUUCUUGAAACUAGCAUAUCAGUAUGCAGUAGCUUUGAAGAAAACGUUUUCAAGUGCUUGGGAUAUAAAUAAGCAAGCUAGCAAUACUUUUUAUGAAUAUUUCAUCAAACGUCAUCAAAAUUUAAGCCUGCAAAAACCCGAAGCUACCAGUCUUGGCCGUGCCACAGCCUUUAACAAGGCUAAUGUCAAUGAAUUUUUUGAAAAAUACAAAGGCUGGCUAAUGAAAUAUAAUUUUACAAGUGACAACAUUCACAAUGUUGACGAAUCCGGGCUGUCUACUGUGCACACGCCGUUAAAAGUUUUAGCGCCAAAAGGAUCAAAACAAGUAGGAACUGUGACAUCAGCAGAAAGAGGUAAUAAUGUCACAAUUAUUGCUUGCGUUAAUGCCCGUGGCAAUUCGGUAACCCCUUGCAUGAUAUUCCCGCGAGUUCACUUUAAGAGCCACAUGACUAAUGGUGCUCCUCCGAAGACGCUGGGACUUGCUAAUGUCAGUGGAUGGUCAAUCUCCGAGAAAUUUGAAGACUUUCUGAAGCAUUUUAUAAAAUAUGUAAGACUUAGUAAUGACAAUAAAGUGCUGCUGAUCAUGGAUAAUCACAAGAUUCACCUAUCAAUAAAAAUAAUAGAGUUGGCUAAAGAAAAUUGUAUGGUGAUGUUCUCAUUCCCUCCAUAA